AUGGGAGAGAACGAAACAAACCAACGCCCAUUGAGUGAGCACUUCACUCCUUCGACCUAUACGUCGACUUCAUGCAUUAGGGUUCCUGCUGUUCAGGUAGCCCAAUAUGAGAUUAAGUUCAGUGUUAUUCAAAUGCUCUCAUCUUUUUAUGGACUUAAUAAUAAGGAACCCUACAAACAUUUGGAUGAAUUUUUAGAGAUACGCUCAACUGUUAAAAUCCAGAAUUUUUUUGAAGAUGCUCUGAGGUUGAUCGUGUUCCCAUUUUCCCUCAAGGAUAAAGCCAAACAAUGGCUCAAUUCCUUGGAUGCUGUAGUGAUCACUACUUGGGCGCAGAUACAACAAGCGUUUCUGAAAAAGCAUUUCCCCAUAGGUCAGACCAAUCAUAUUAGGCAAGCCAUCACUAGCUUUUCGCAAAUUGAUGGUGAGCAAUUUCAUGAGACUUGGGAAAGACUUAAGGACUUGAUUAGAAAGUGUCCCCAUCAUGCUGUACCUAAGUGGCGGUUAGUUCAAUGCUUUUAUGAUGGACUGACUGAUAGAAAUAGACAGAUGGUGGAUGCUUCUUGUGGAGGUACAUUCAUUCAUAAGAGUGAGAAUGAGGCUUGGCAAUUGUUCGAGACCCUUAGUGAGAAUUCAUUGUAUCAUGUGUCGGCCUCUAGGACUGAAAUUCCCAUGAGUGGACCCCAAAGAAAAGGUGGCCUCUAUGAGGUAGGUCAAUUUGUGGCCAUAAACACCAAAGUGGACAUGCUCUCUCAGAAGUUAGAUCAUUUGUUAUCUAUAGGGCAGAUUCCUAGGCCAACAAAUUCUCCUCAAACCUUUCAGGAUGUUUGCACUCUUUGCACCAAUCCUUCCCAUUAUAUGAGUGAGUAUCCCUUAGCUGGGCAAUUCCCUGAAUAUGUUCAAGAACAAGCCCAGGCUGCACAGAGUUUCUCUAAAUUGGGUAAUGAUCCAUUCUCUAAUACCUAUAACCUUGGUUGGAGGAACCACCCAAACUUUGGUUGGAAACAACCUAAUGGAUUCCAGGCUCCACCCUAUAGGCAGAAUUUUUCCAAUCAAUGGAAUGCUUAUAGAGAGCCACAACAACCACUUCCUCUCCGCCUAUGA